AUGCGCCUGAUCAAUACCGAGUCCUACAAGCUCCAGGACUUCACGGACAGCCAUAAUACACCAAAAUAUGCCAUCUUGAGCCAUCGAUGGCAAGAAGAUGAAGUACUCUGCAAGGACUACCGCAAAGGCCGAUAUGAUCGUGAAGCUCAGGGCUACCUCAAGAUCAAGCGAUGCUGUGAUUUCGCCCAGCGGCGAGGCCAGCAAUGGGUCUGGAUUGAUACCUGCUGCAUCGACAAAUCCAGCAGCGCCGAGUUGAGCGAAGCCAUCAACUCCAUGUUCCAAUGGUACAGCAAGGCAGAGGAAUGCUAUGCCUAUCUGUCCGAUGUCUCAGCAUCAGUCAACGAUCCGCAGACACGAAUGCAUGAGUUCAGUUCAAGUAGAUGGUGGACCCGAGGCUGGACUCUGCAAGAGCUCAUUGCCCCAAAGAUUGUGAUCUUCGUCGAUGCCUUGUGGGAUGCCCUCGGCGCGAAGUGGUCUUCUGGGGCCAAGACAGAUGUACACCUAGCGGACAUCAUCCACGAUAUCACCGGAGUCCCCCUCGAGGUCCUGGCAGUACCAGAAAGCCGCUACUUCUACAGUGUAGCCCAACGUAUGAGCUGGGCAGCCAGGCGUGUGACAACACGCCUAGAAGAUGCCGCCUACUGCCUACUCGGUAUCUUCGGGGUAAACAUGGUCCUGUUGUACGGCGAGCGUAAGGACGCCUUCCUCCGCCUUCAGCGCGAAGUCUACUCCAGGACAGGUGACGAGACACUCUUCGCUUGGCCUUUACAUGCUCACCCCCAUCCCAAAGGAGGCACCAUCAUCUACGAUACCAACGGAGCCAGUGGUAUGCUUGCCGAAAACGUAAGUCGCUUCGCAGAGAUGGGCCAUGUGCGCUGCGUAAGCACCAAGGAUUCCUACCUCACCCUCACCGGCUACGGUGCUGAGAUCACCAUCAAAGUAGGCGCGUCGCCUCCAAGGGCUUUCUAUUCCAGGCACGAUCGGCGGUUCGUCUGCUUGCCGCUCCUAAGCGUGGACAAACGGCAGCGUCCUCAGCUGCUGAGUGAGUCGGAAUCCUUUGACGAUAGUCCGUUCAUGUUGUACAUGCAUACCACUGGCUGCGGACACUACGGCCGCUUUGCAUUACCUGACCAUAUGAAGCAUGAUGACAUGGACUGGCAGCCGUUUAAGAAUGACCAGAUACUGAUCGUACACCACUCAAAGAGCGAGGCUUUUCGGUAUUGUAGUAGUCUCAGCUUCGAAGGCCAAUACUUUGAAGGGCAGCAUUUUGGGCACAUGAUUGCGUAA